AUGGGCGCCGCGCAUUUUAGCAAUGGCCGCCGCCGCCGGGGGAAGAAAGUGACGGUGACGGUGGUAUUGUUCUUUGCAUGCUUGUGGGCUGUGUGCUUCUUCUCGCUGUCCUCCGCCGGGAGGCCGCCUGUUUCGAGGCAGAAGCUUAAAGUUGAAAAGCACUUGAAAAGAUUGAAUAAGCUUCCCAUUAAAACCGUUCAGAGCCCAGAUGGGGACCUUAUUGACUGUGUCCACAUCUCUCAUCAGCCAGCUUUUGAUCACCCUUUUCUCAAAGACCAUGAAAUCCAGAUGAGGCCUAGUUAUCAUCCAGAAGGACUAUUUGAGGAAGAGAAAAUGUCAACAGGGCCUAAUGAAGGAGAAGAACCGAUUACACAGCUUUGGCAUAUGAAUGGGAUGUGCCCUGAUGACACUAUUCCUAUUAGGAGAACAAAGACAGAAGAUGUGCUGAGAGCAAGCUCUGUCCGAAAUUAUGGAAAAAAGAAGCGAAAAUCCAUAGCCAAACCCAAGUCUGCACAGCCAGACAUGAUCAAUCAAAGUGGUCAUCAGCAUGCUAUAGCAUAUGUGGAAGGGGACAAGUAUUAUGGAGCAAAAGCAACGAUCAACGUGUGGGAGCCCAAAAUACAGCAGUCUAAUGAGUUCAGCUUAUCUCAAAUUUGGGUCUUGGGUGGAUCGUUCGGUCAGGACCUUAAUAGCAUCGAAGCUGGCUGGCAGGUCAGCCCGGAUCUCUAUGGAGACAACAACACAAGACUCUUCACUUAUUGGACAAGUGAUGCAUAUCAAGCCACAGGUUGCUACAACCUUCUUUGCUCUGGCUUCAUUCAAGUCAACAGUCUAAUAGCAAUGGGUGCCAGCAUCUCUCCUGUUUCUUCCUAUCGAAACUCCCAGUAUGAUAUUAGCAUUCUUAUUUGGAAGGACCCAAAAGAGGGACACUGGUGGAUGCAAUAUGGCAAUAAUAAUGUGAUGGGGUAUUGGCCUUCUUUCUUGUUCUCCUAUUUGGGAGACAGUGCAUCGAUGAUCGAGUGGGGGGGCGAAAUAGUAAACUCGCAGCCCGAUGGCCAGCACACUACGACUCAAAUGGGCAGCGGCCGCUUCCCAGAAGAAGGGUUCGGCAAGUCGAGCUAUUUCAGGAACAUUAAAGUGGUCGACAGCUCCAACAACCUCCAAUCCCCCAAAGGUCUCGGGACUUACACCGAGCAAUCCAACUGCUACAGUGUCAAAACAGGGAGUAACAGUGAUUGGGGAAACUAUUUUUACUAUGGAGGUCCCGGGAGAAACUCUAAAUGCCCAUGA